UAUUCUGCGGAUUGUAGGCUAAUGUGACUGACUGCAACAUGGCCGCCCAUAAGAAGACAUGGUUUAUACUUCAUUAAGUUACCGCCUGCUUUAGAAGAGAUCUAAAACGUGGUUUUCUGUGUCAGCAUCGUGGGUUUUAAAUAAGUGUGAUAAUAUUAUGUCACGAUAUUAGAUAGAUCCUGUUGCCCCGAUGUAACACUUGUGGGUAGGGUCAGCAGAGCUAGAACUAUUCAGCUACAUAUCUUGGUUCCGGCUGCAGUCGAACGUGUAUCUUAAGGAGUGGCUGUCUCGUAAGAAAAGCAAGUACAGCAUUGUCAUUUUGGUUUUCCAAAAACAUUUGAUACGUGGCAUACACGGGCAUUUGUCAUCACGUUCGUAAUGUAUCGGCUCCUCUCGCGAAGGCGCACCCUGACCGUCUAGAUUCAGGCUGCGCUGCGUCGUCGUCAUCAGUCAUAGACAGACUGAAAAGCUUGAGCUGUCCAUAUGAAUCAUUUUACUUUGAUCUUGCUCCUCCUGUAGCAGGUAGUCAGACCGUUUUUUUUAAAUCAACACCUCUUCUCUGUCGUACUGUAAACAGGGGAUAAAUAAUCGCCCGCGUAUGAAAUUGACUUUCAGAUAUAUUUUGUUCUAGAAAUGCGAUUAAGCCACCUAGCUGUAUUAUCUCUAGGAGAGUAGCUAGCUUGCUAGCUAUAACGUUAGGUUUUCAGGACCAAAUAAAGACGGCCUAAAACAAAGGUUCGCGCUUGCUAAAGUAUUCAUUUAUAGUAUGAUUAAUUUUUAGUCGUGUGCGUUACACGCAUUACCAUAUAACACGGUUUUCAGUUUUCAGCUGUCAAGUAGGUUAGUGAGCUACAGGUCAAAAUGAAUUCAGUUCAGUAGUAAAAUAAAAAUACGUCAUUACUCAUUCGUUACACGCGUUUAGCUAGGACAUUAUUUGUCCUGGUUGGCACACUGAUAUAUUGUCACUACAAAUAACCGCCUCAGGUUAUUUUUGUAGGUUAUACCGGGAGGGUAGAUGUACCUGUUUAGGGUUUUACUCACUUUCCCAGGAGGCUGCAUUUGGUUAGAAUGGAAGUUCCUUUCCUCAUCACAAAAUUCACUCUUCUGAAAUCUCACACAUAUCACAUGCUUUUCUCACUUCGGACUUAUAUUCUAAUUGCAAUGUGAAACUGUUGUAUGUAAUAUUAACUGUUAUGUGUAUGAAUCAGUUGGCAGUUAUCUGACUUCUAACUCAUAUCAUCAUUCCUUUCAGAUUCUUUGUCGUUUCAGACUGUGCUCUGGAAUUUAACUUAAAAUUUCACGACCCUCACCACUGACUGUGUCCUCUUUCCUUAUGUUGGCCAUGAUCAAGACUCAAUCCCACAAUGCAGUGCAGCAAUGUGGUCUCACUGCGCAGGGUGUUUCUCCAGUUCCAGAGCAGAUUCUGCACUUUGAUGGAAAGCCUGAAUUCUGACCCCAAGAUGGCUGAAUUCAUGAACACAUCUUUGGGGAAGUACCUAAAUGGCCACCCAUUUCUUGCACUGUCCUUGCUGGUUUUUGGUGCCUUGGCGACAGUACCUGUUGGUCUCUUCCUGGUCUUUGCCAUGGUAACGUUCAUCUCUGCCACCGUGGGCUUUGUGUUAUUGGAGGUGUUCCUGCUUACACUGGGGGGUGCCACACUGCUGUGCGUACUCUGUGGUGUUGCCAUGGUUGCUGUCAUUGUCUCCUUCAUCCUCAGUGCCAUCUACAUCACCACCUCAAACUUGCUGAACUUAUACUACAGCCAAAGGGUUUCAGAGGAGAAGAGUGAUGCGACAAAAACUCUGGGGUCUGAGAACCUGAGAGGCCAAUGACUGGUACCACUUUACCUCAACUCCACCCCACAACCAAAAUUCCCUGUAGGCACAGCCUGUAUCAAAAAUCACUAAACCACAAAAAUAUACCUAUAUUAAAUUAAUCAUAAAAUCUGCCAGUAUCAAAAAUGAAAUACCUGCAUCAUAAUCUCCAUGCUGUGCUUCUGAGCAUUAAGCACUCCAUUUCAUUAUACCCAUAAUCCCUCUGUGGACACAGACAGCACCCAAAGCAGAAUUAAAGGAAUGUUCCUGAUGCCACACAGUCAGACACUGAGACUCCUACCAUGUUUACAACAAUCAAAACAUUUAAGCCUCAGUAAAUGCCUUUUUUGAGGAAACUCAGUUUUAGUAUUUAAAUGGAAAUCACAUCUUUCACUGCCAGUUCUCAAGCUGUGCCUGACUCACUGCAUCAAUGACUAGGUUUACAUGCACGCUAAUAUUACCAAUAUUAGCCGAAAUAUAGCCUUCUAACUUGGGUCAUAUAGACAUACUAUUAUUUUAAUCAAAUUCACUUCAUGAUAGCACAAUGUAUAGCAUAGACCUUGUAAGGGUACAGCAUAUAUAGCCUUGUUACUGAAAUCAUGGUCCUUGAGAGCCAAUAACUGCUGAUUUUCUACCCUCCCUUUACCUGGGAGUCAGGUGUGAUGACAGUCUGGCCAAUCAGUAGCCUAUAAAGGCACAAUGUGUAGGAUAUACCCUAUGAGGGCACAGUGUUCAGAAUAUACCCAAGAAGUGUGUGCAGUGUGUAGGGUAUACCAUUUGACUUGUGUGGUUUUGGGAUCCAGUACAUAGCAGAAAUGCAAGUAAUGAUGUUUUGGAGAAGUGGUAUAAUUUCAGUCUGAGGUUUCAUACUGUAAGUGUGUGAACAGGGGUUUCCCCAAACAGAAAGCUGUUGUGUUGUAAGAGGGAUCUCAGCCUUAUAUCUUUACUUUGGUAAACAACAGCAGAUCUCUCAAAUGAGAAUGAAAAAUAAAAAACAGGAUUGCAUUCACAUAAAAUUAUGCAUGCUGAAAACAUAUGUGGGAUGAAAACAUGCUGCUUUGCUUCUGUUGCACUAUGAACUUGCUUUCACCAUUUUUUAAAUGUAAUUUCUAUAGUCUAUGUAAAGAAAUAUUUUGAAAUUGUGUAUCAUGUUUGUAUAAGAUUACUUUACAUUAAAGAAAAAAGCUCCUUGCAGUCCCUGUCAGCUCAGUAUCCUGGAAAGGCCACAAAAUUAUUUUUAAAAAUUAAGUUGCGGAAAACAAGCCUGAAUGAAUGAAUAAAUAUUGUUUGUUUGUAUUUAUUUUAAUGUCCCGAAUCCUUGAACUUGAUAUAACGUACAUCAGAAUCAGUUGUUUAACUAGCCAAGAAUAAUCCCCCAAAGCACCAAUUUAAUCUAUAGGGAAGUACACUACAUGGCCAAAAGUAUGUGGACACCUCUUAACAUUAGUGGGUUUGGCUACUUCAGUGACACCCAUUGCCAACAGGUGCAUAAAAUCAAGUAUACAGCCAUGUAAUCAUUAUAGGCAAACAUUAUCAGUAGAAUGGGUCAUACUGAAGAGCCCAGUAACUCAACGUGGCACUGUCAUUGAAUGCCACCUCUCCAAGAAGUCUGUCAAAUUUGUGCCCUGCUAGAGCUGUCCCAGUCAACUGUAAGUGCUGUUAUAUUGAAGUGGAAACGUACAGGAGCAACAACAGCUCAGCCGCAAAGCGGUAGGCCAUACAAGCUCAGAACGGGACUGCCGAGUGCUGAAGCAUGUAGUGCACAAAAAUCUGCCCUCGGUUGUACAAGAACUGUCCAUCAAGAGCUUCAUGAAAUGGGUUUCCACGACCGAGGAGCCAUACACAAGCCUAAGAUCGCCAUGCACAAUGCCAAGCCUCGGUUGGAGUGGUGUAAAGCACACAGUCAUUGGACUGUGGAGCAGUGGAAACGCAUUCUCUGGAGCGAUGAAUCACACUUCACUAUCUGGCAGUCUGACAAACUAAUCUGGGUGUGUGCAACUGUACUGGCCCGAAUAGUGCCAACUGUAAAGUUUGGUGGAGGAGGAAUAAUGGUUGGGGCUGUUUUUCAUGGUUUGGCUAGGGCCCUUAGUUCCAGAGAAGGGAAAUCUUAAUGCUACAGCACAUAAUGACAUUCUAGAGAAUUGUGCACUUCCAACAUUGUGGCAACAGUUUGUGGACGCCCCUUUCCAGUCUCAGCAGGACAGUGCCCCCAUGCACAAAGCAAGGUCCAUAAAGAAAUGGUUUGCAGUUUGGUGGGGAAGAAUUGAAUGGCCUGCAUAGAGCCCUGACCUCUACCCCAUCAAACACCUUUGGGAUGAAUUGGAAUGCCGACCGCAAGCCAGGCCUUGCACCCAACAUCAGUGCCCAACUUCACUAAUGGUCUUGUGACUGAAUGGAAGCAAAUCCCUACAGCCAUUUUCCAAAAUCUUCUGGAAAGCCUUCCCAGAAGAGCGGAAGCUGUUUCAGCAGCAAAAGGGGGUCAAAAUCCAUAUUAAUGGCCCUAUUUCUAGAAUGAGAUGUUCAACAAGUACAUACGGGUGAGAUAUUCAGGUGUCGACAUACAGUACUUUUGGAAUGUAGUGUACCUAAGCCUUUAUCAACAGCAGAGAGGAGCAGGCAAUACAGAGGCGACUGGCUGUAUUUUCAGUCUGCAUGAACUACAUUACUACAAGUAUUCUGGUUUGAAUGGGAGUCAAAGGGUUGUUUUUUUUUAGUGUGGUUGCCUUAGGCAUUUUUUGCAUUGCACUGGCGUUCAACAUUAUCACACAAGCAAUUUUUUCUCAAAUUAAAUUUGAUUUUUAAACAAUACAUUAUUGGUAAGGAAGUCAAGAAAAAAAAUAUUAAGAUGGAAAGUGAAAGAAAGUUAUGAGACGCCAGUCAAUAUAGUGCUUCCUCCUGAAUAUUUAUCAAGUAGGUUUCACAUCAACUUGCCCGACUGAGCAAUUUAAUGAAUUUGUACGGAAACACUUUCCCUUAAUACCACUAAACAGACAUUUUGCUUAAAAAUGAAUGCAAACAUUCAUGUAUUAAGAUUGUUUAGACAACACAUGUUCAUUAAGUUCUGGAUGGACUACAGCUUGCAGACACAAUUUUACAUUGUUUUGUAAUACACAAUUAAUCUGGUCAUUUCCUCCACCAUCCUUCCAAUUCAACAUGUUAUAAAGUCCUAGGGGUCUUGAUCCUUAUCCAAUUUUAAAAUCCCAUGAUGCAGUGGGUCCCAAACCAGUAUCUGUGAAGUUGUGGAAUUACUCCCAGUUGGAUCGGGACUGGAUCAUGGGUAAAGAUUAUGGAAUUAGUUAAACAAAAUUUUUGGCUUCAGUUCCCAAAUGCACAUUCAGGCCACACAAUCAAUCUCCACUAACAAAAUGUUUUACAUAUAUAAAGGCAUCAGCAGUAAGUCAAAACCACACUCAUUUCCCAUAAAAUCUUUACUGGAGGUGGAGUCACAGGGCAACAUGCAAAACAAAUUAAAACGAUGACCCACGGGGAGACAACAGAAAGGGGAAGAAAAGGGAAAACAAAAUACCUGUGUACAUAACUAUUAUUCUACCAACAGAAAACCAGGUCACACAAGAUUACAAAAAGUUACCGUGUGUGAGCUCAAUAAUAUGCACAUCAUGUACAAUUCUAUGGACAUUUUCUCUCAUUUUCUUCUUUUAAUUUAAUGAUAAAUUACUGCAUUUGUAUUGUAAGAACAGUGUUGGUAGUCUGUGUGCUUGCUUAUACCAGCAUGGGGAUAUUUCACAGACUCCAACUGGGUCUAAUCAUGCCAAAUCCCACAACUGAGUAACAUAAUUGGGCGCAUGUGAUUUGGGAGACUGGGCUGGAGCCAAUCAGGAUGUGCCAAAUGCGCUCCAUGGUCUUUGCAUCACCAGAUCAAAGGUGGAAUCGGCUGAUGGACAAGAGCCUG